AAAGAAGCUUCCAGAAAUCAAAUUUGAUUUUUCAAUAAAAUUCAGGCGCCAAGUUUAUUGGAUCCGUACAGUUAGCUUGAAAAGAGAUGGAGAACGGGGGAGCGGAGAAGGGCAAUGGGCAGGCGGCUGCGGCGGCGUCGUACACUUAUUGGGUCCGAGAAACGACGGCGGACGCCGCUCCGCUCCCUCUUCCCAAGAAACUCACCGCUCAAGACUUGCUUUGGAACCAAUCUCAGCCUGCCACUCUUGGUUCUGCUUGGAAUAAGGCUGGAACUUGGGAGGAGAAAAACCUUAAUAACUGGGCUACACAAAGAUUAAAGGAAUUGCUUAAAUCUGUAGGCACAUUGGACUUACCUCGCGGCAUAGCGGAAAUUUCUGAAUUAACCAAGUGUGUUAGUGAUGCAUUUUUGGUGACUGUACGAAACAAGAAGCGAGUAGGCUAUACAUAUGAGUUGACAUUAAAAAUCGAAGGCGAGUGGCAUAGACGAGGAGAAAAAGUCUGUUAAGGGCCAUAUUGAUAUCCCAGAAUUCUCAUUCGGCGAGCUCGAUGACUUGCAGAUGGAAGUGAAGCUUAGUGAAGAGAAGGAUUUCAUGCAGCAAGACAAGCUGCAAAAUAUCCGGGACUCGAAGAAACUAUUUCUGCAUCCGGUCCGGGAGAAAUUGCUUCAAUUCGAGCAGGAACUCAAAGAUCGGUGGCAAGGGUUCAUCUUUCGU